AUGCAAAAGCUCCAAGAUCUACCUCCAUCGGCACAGAUGUCAUGGAGAACCCCAAGGUCUUGCAGGAAUUGUAGAGACAGAAAGAACGACCUGAGUGAUCAACGACACAAUCGCGGUUUGCAUGGAAAAUCCACUUCCGCUAGAGGUCUCCCAAUUCGCGACAGUCGGACAUCUUUGAAUUUGAGCAGCAUUGAAGAGUGGCCUUAUUUGACACAGCAACCAGACCAAAACAUCUUCCCUGGUGCACCUAUUAUUACUGACACUCUGCCUGAUAUCUCUUCCUCCGAAUCUGUGGGUCUCAAACUCUCAAAUGCAACAUACGACAGAUUUCUCCAGCCGUCUCAAACAGUAACACCUCCACCACUGCCAACCAAAACCUUGAGAUUCUCAGGCCUUUAUCUACCUGAUAUCAUAUGGGCACCAACCAUCUGCAACCAAUCGACCUGGCAGAUAUCUCCUCAGAAAGCCACCUUCAACAACCAACCGCGAUGUGUCUGGAGCAACAAUUCAACCAGUCAGCAACUGUCCUGUGAUAUCUUGCCGAAGGGGGAUGAGCUAGACGGCCACCACGACCGUAUCAUGCAGAUGAUUGCCGAUCUGGUCUUCGAGAGCGAUGAUGCGACAAAUAAACAUAAUAAGGAGUUCCAGAAUGGCUUUGCAGUGCAGGAAGACGCCAGAGUCAAACGCACGAGACUGUCUGGUGCAGCGAGUGAUUUCCGCCCUGGCAGUCAAUACCAUCAGCGUGAAUCGUAG